GUGACACCCUAUUCGACCAAUCAGAUGCGGCUACGACGGGAACGCCUCACCGUCGCCCAAUAGGAGUCGGCGGCGGGCGGGACGUUCUCCUGACACUGAUACAGUCGCAGAAGGAAACUAAACAGUAGUUUGACACCGUGCCGAAGACAUGUGUGGAAUAUUUGCGUACCUCAACUAUCACGUCCCUCACACUCGCCGUGAGAUCCUCGAGAUCCUGCUCAAAGGUCUGCAGCGGCUGGAGUAUCGCGGCUACGACUCGGCAGGAGUGGGCAUCGAUGGAGGAAACAGUAAGGACUGGGAGAACAAUGCCAAGACCAUCCACCUGAUCAAACAGAGAGGCAAAGUCAAGGUCCUGGAUGAGGAGAUCCACAAGCAGCAGGACAUUGAUCUAGAUGUCGAGUUUGAUGUCCAUCUUGGUAUUGCACACACGCGCUGGGCCACACAUGGCGUUCCCAGUCCUGUCAACAGCCACCCACAGAGAUCUGACAAACACAACGAGUUCAUUGUCAUUCAUAAUGGAAUCAUUACCAACUACAAGGACCUGAGGAAGUUCCUGGAGAGUAAAGGUUAUGAGUUUGAGUCAGAGACUGACACCGAGAGCAUCGCCAAGCUGGUGAAGUACAUGUACGACAACCGCGAGAACGAUGAGGUCAGCUUCGCCACGCUCGUCGAGCAGGUCACCCAGCAGUUGGAGGGAGCCUUCGCCCUGGUGUUCAAGAGCGUGCACUUCCCUGGAGAGGCUGUGGGAACAAGGAGAGGAAGUCCACUGCUGAUGGGUGUAAAGAGCGACCACAAGCUGUCAACAGAUCACAUUCCCAUCCUCUACCGCUCAGCUGGUAAGGACAAGAAGAGCUGUGGUGGUUCUCUGCCCAGGAUGGACCAGGACACCUGCCUGUAUCCUGUGGAUGAGAAAGCUGUUGAGUACUACUUCGCCUCUGAUGCCAGUGCUGUGAUUGAGCACACAAAUCGAGUCAUCUUCCUGGAAGACGACGACAUCGCUGCUGUGUCAGACGGCCGUCUGUCCAUCCACCGGAUCAAACGGAGAGCAGGAGAUCAUCCGGCUCGCGCCAUCCAGACCCUGCAGAUGGAGCUGCAGCAGAUCAUGAAGGGUAAUUUCAGCUCUUUCAUGCAGAAGGAGAUCUUCGAGCAGCCGGAGUCUGUCGUCAACACCAUGAGAGGCAGAGUGAACUUCAAUGACAACACAGUGACCCUAGGAGGAUUGAAAGAUCACAUUAAGGAGAUCCAGAGAUGUCGGAGGCUCAUCCUUAUCGCGUGUGGAACCAGCUAUCACGCAGGAGUGGCAACCCGUCAGGUGUUGGAGGAGUUAACUGAGCUGCCCGUCAUGGUGGAACUGGCCAGCGACUUCCUGGAUCGCAACACGCCCGUCUUCCGGGACGAUGUGUGCUUCUUCAUUAGCCAGUCAGGCGAGACAGCGGACAGCCUGAUGGCAUUGCGAUACUGUAAGGAGCAAGGCGCCCUCACCGUGGGCAUCACCAACACCGUGGGCAGCUCCAUCUCCCGCGAGACUGACUGCGGCGUCCACAUCAACGCUGGGCCUGAAAUCGGAGUGGCCAGCACUAAGGCGUACAGCAGUCAGUUUGUGGCCCUCAUCAUGUUCGCCCUGCUCAUGUGCUCAGACAGAAUCUCCAUGCAGCCCAGGAGGCGGGAGAUCAUUCAGGGUCUCAAAGUGCUGCCAGACCUGAUAAAGGAGGUGCUGAGUCUGGAUGAGGAGAUCCAGAAGCUGGCCACCGAGCUCUACCAGCAGAAGAGCGUGCUCAUCAUGGGCCGAGGCUACCACUACGCCACCUGCCUGGAGGGGGCGCUGAAAAUUAAAGAGAUCACGUACAUGCACUCAGAGGGCAUCCUGGCUGGAGAGCUGAAGCACGGCCCUCUGGCUCUGGUGGACAAACUCAUGCCUGUUAUAAUGAUCAUCAUGCGGGAUCACACAUACGUCAAGUGCCAAAACGCUCUGCAGCAAGUGGUGGCAAGACAGGGUCGUCCCAUAGUGAUCUGUGACAAGGACGACUACGAGACCAUAAAGAACUCGAGCCGUACUAUUAAAGUGCCGCACUGCGUGGACUGCCUGCAGGGGAUCCUCAGUGUCAUCCCGCUCCAGCUGCUGUCCUUCCACCUGGCUGUGCUCAGAGGAUACGACGUGGAUUGCCCAAGGAACUUGGCAAAGUCAGUCACGGUGGAGUAAAGCCUUCGUGUGUCAACAUCUUCAGAAUGUGACCUUUAGAACACACACACACACACACAUACUGGAAGUGAAAGAAAAAAAAAUUGCAUUUCUAUAGCUUUUUUUUUCUCAAACUCUUUUUACCUUGUUCCCUUCUGAACCUCCGUGUGAGGAGUAGCAGCUGUUGAUUGUAUCGUCCUUUUCGUUGGUGGUGGCAGGGUGUGGGCCGGCUGUCGUUAACACACUUCCUCCUCCGGGAUGAGUGGCUUAAUCGAACUCCACAAUUCAUCCUGUUUUUACAGUUUGCAUUAUCCCCAGAUGCCAGAAACAUUUUUGUUGCACUUUCUCAGCUUUUAGCAUAAGGAGGAAUGAUGCAUUACGUUAACAGCAAAUAGUCUGACAUGGAUGGCAAAAAAAAACAAUCCUUAUAAUUGAUCUUUUAGUCCUGCUAGCUCAUUUAUACCAGUCAUCCCUAUCUACUUUGCUGAAACCUCUUUGAAAUCUUGAUUCUUAUUAAUGUUAAUCCCAGUAACAGUCCAUGGUUUUGUCUUUGUUUCAUUGUGGUAGCUAAAAACACUCUCACAUUCAGUGCUAGUGUAGUAUAUCUUAGUGUAUUCUAUUACAUUACUGUUGCAUUCAUUUUACCAUGCACAGUCUAUCAAUGCUACUUUGCUACACAUAGACAUUAAAUUUGUAUCCCCAGUGAUCCCCAGUGAGUACUAUUUUAUAUUGUGAUACAAUACAUUUUCAUGAUCUUUAUGUCAAAGAUAACUCGUAUGCAAAGUAAAUACAUAGACGUUAUUUCCUUUCGCCAAAUUGUACCUGAGGUCGUAUCAGUGUAGUGAUAACAGGUGAAGAUGAGUCAACAUGCUCAGCUUUCCUCCGUCCUCAAAGUGGAGAAUCCAAAUGUUGUUGGUGUGCUCUUCACGUUUUUCAGUGCCUUGUCUGGCACAAGUUCUGACUAGUUACUGAAGUCCUGACUGCAGGGAUUUUUCUGAUUUCUGUAUUUACUUGAAUUUUAUCUUCAGCAUAGUUACACAAGUUACAUCUUACUGUUAACGUCUUUGCCUGUUAUCUGGUGUGUGCUAUGAAGCUUCAUUAGCCAACUUGUGUAAUGUAAACUAGUCUGACUCACACCUGUUUAUACCACAGUACUGCUGAAUUGUCAAAUCUGAAGGUGUGGAUUAAUUUUCUAUAACAGCAGCUCUGAGAGUAGUUCCAGUUUAUAUUAAUUAAUGCCUUUUGUUCGUUUAAUUUCUAUAGUAACAGCUCAUUCACAGGGACUUGUACGGACGUCACUCUACACAAUCUAAGUCUAAUGAUAAACAAAUUUAACAUGUUGAUUUGGUUCUGGUAAGGAGACGUUUAUUUAACAUUUAUGGAAGGAGUCUCCAGUGUCAGCACUUUGUAACAGUCUGAUGUUUUUCCACCAUGGGAAGGUCUUCAGGACAGAGGAGUUUAGGCUUUCCAGUUUCUCUGUAACAUUAGAAAUCCAAGGCUGAUGUGCUACAUCAUGAGCCUGGCUUCAUGAUAAUCUCCAGGUGGUUUUUUUUUUUUUUUACUUUGAAGAAUAUGAGUUUCAAGUUUACAGUGUAACUGCCAAUGGAAGCAGGAAAACACAGAAAACAUGAAAAUUUUUUAUACUUUGCAUCUUUUUUAUAAUUUGUGUGCACAGCUACCCCACACCAUGCCACCUUCCUCCUCUUUGAAUGUUACCAUGGGACCAUAUGCUUUAUACUUGUGCUUUUGUUCAUGGAUUCAUCUUUUUUGCUUUAUUAAUGUUUUUUUUUUCUUUAUUACUGUAAUGCCUAUAUACCCAAGUGUAAAAAUCUCAAAUUGUUAUUUUGAAUUUCCCCUUUAUGUUGUCAAAAUCAUUAUUAAUCAUUAUUAAUCAUUUAUUAUUAUUGUUCUUCUUCUUCUUCUUCUUAUUAUUAUUAUUAUUAGUCUUGCUUGAGUGAUUGCUUUAGAACGAUCAGACAGGUUUAAACUUUAAAGGACCUGCAUAUUAGCAAAGGUCAGGCAGAUUUUGAGUGCUUCUCAGGCCCUUGUAGAAGUUUCUGAUGGUAAACUAGCUACUCAGUAGCACUGAGUUGUAUGAGGUGCACAUGCUCAUUUUGUGAGGUCUAUGUUACUACCAAUCAUUUUUCUAUUUAUUGAUAGUCAUUUCUGUUCCCUUAUUUUUAGAGUCUGCUUGUUUAUUUGAGCCCUUUAUUAGCAGUCAGGGUGGGGGUGCAUUUCGACUGUAAUCCCACAAUACAUUUAUAGGUUUAGAACCUGAUAUCGAAAAAUCCUUCUUGAUAAAUGCUGCUGAGUCUCUUGUAACAGAGUUUUAGAGCCUUAUUUCUUGAUUUAAAUGUCGGCGCUGUAUCAAGCCAUUCUGUUUUGAAUGUGGUUACGGGAUUUUAUUUACGAUCCGAGUAGUUGCAAUAAAAUGGUCAAUAAUUA